UCCACUGGGUGACUCUUGGCUUCUACCGGAUGAAGAAUGUGAGAUCCCUGCCGCUUUGAGUUUCUCACUACUGUUUGCUCUCGCUCGUUUUUUCUACUCCAACUGGUCUUCUGGAGUCCGGCUUGACGGAAUUAAGACGCGGAUCCUUGAUCGAGCAUUCUCGAUUUCUGAUAUCUGGGAACGAGUAGAUUCCUGUUUCUUUGCCUGGUACACUUCUGCCGGUGGCCGUGGGUUGUGAUAUAGAAUUGGGGCUGAAGUCUGUUUCCAGCAGGAUGCCCUUUUACUUCAAUUUCUGCUACUCCGUCUCUGUAGGAUGGCGUUUAGUCACCUAUCUCCGUCUAGUUUUCUGCACUCCAUCGUCUUCUUGGUUUGGAUAGUCUAUUGAUCUUAAUGAGGAUUCAGUGAUUAGUUGAGUAAUCUCCUUCAGUUGAAAAUAAAUCGUUAUAACUUGGAUCUGUUUAUGAGUUUGGGCAGAAUGGCAUUAGAUCUACCAGAAGGUGGUGAAUUUUUUUCCCCCUAUUUUAGUCAAUUACACUGAGCUUCAGGCUUUCAUUUUAGGAAGACAAAAGAAAUAAUGAAGAAUAAAGACCCUAGAUCAGAAGCAUAUAUUGAUAGAAGCUCUAAAAUUGUUCCAGCAACUUUAAUGCUCAUUGUCCUAUGUGGGUUUUCUUUCUAUCUAGGAGGCAUCUAUUGCUCUGAAAAGAACAGAUACUUUAACAUGGAUGUUGUGCCAGCUAUUCAAUUGCGCAAUAAAUCUUCUGCCACUUCUCUUCAAAUUGACUCACUUGAGUUUCCUGAGUGUGGUAUUGACUAUCAAGAUUACACACCAUGCACGGACCCCAAGAGAUGGAGGAAGUAUGGUAAUUACAGGCUUAGUUUCAUGGAGCGCCAUUGCCCACCAAUGGCUGAGAGAAAAGAAUGCUUAGUGUCUCCACCUCUUGGGUAUAAAGUGCCAGUGCGAUGGCCAAAGAGCAGAGAUCAAUGUUGGUAUAGAAAUGUGCCUUAUGAUUGGAUCAACAAUGAGAAAUCAAAUCAACACUGGCUCAGGAAAGAUGGAGAAAAGUUCAUUUUUCCAGGUGGAGGUACUAUGUUUCCCAAUGGAGUUGGUGCUUAUGUUGAAUUGAUGCAAGAUCUUAUUCCUGAAAUGAAAAAUGGAAUUAUCCGAACUGCUAUUGAUACUGGGUGUGGGGUUGCAAGCUGGGGAGGUGAUUUGUUAGACCGUGGAAUAUUAACUGUUUCUUUGGCACCCAGAGAUAAUCAUGAGGCUCAAAUACAGUUUGCUCUUGAACGUGGGAUUCCAGCCAUUUUGGGCAUCAUUUCGACUCAACGCCUUCCAUUCCCAUCCAAUUCAUUUGAUAUUGCACAUUGUUCCCGAUGUCUUAUUCCAUGGACAGAAUUUGAUGGAAUUUAUCUAUUAGAGAUACACAGAAUACUUCGACCUGGUGGCUUCUGGGUUCUCUCUGGGCCACCUGUAAACUUUGAAAAUAGGUGGCGUGGAUGGAAUACAACUGCAGAAGAGCAGAAAGUGAACUUUGAUAGGUUAAAGAAAUUGUUAACGAGCAUGUGCUUCAAACUCUACAACAUUAAGAAUGACAUUGCAGUGUGGCAGAAAUCUGCUGACAGCAGUUGCUAUGAUGAACUUAGUGCAUCUGCUUAUCCACCUAAGUGCGAUGAUAGCAUGGACCCAGAUUCAGCAUGGUACAUUCCACUCCGAACUUGCUUAAAUGUUCCAAAUCAAAAGUUCAAGAAAUUGGCUAUAAAAUCUAUGCCAAGGUGGCCCCAAAGGCUGCAUACAGCUCCAGAACGCCUUGGCAUGGUACCAGGAGGGAAUUCUGAGGGAUUCAAGCAUGAUGAAAGCAAGUGGAAGGCCAGGGUAAAACACUACAAGACAUUGCUUUCAGCUCUUGGAACUGAUAAAAUCCGAAAUGUUAUGGAUAUGAAUACAUUGUAUGGAAGCUUUGCAGCAGCACUCAUUGACGAUCCUGUAUGGGUAAUGAAUGUUGUCUCCUCUUAUGGUCCAAAUUCCCUGAGUGUGGUAUAUGACAGAGGACUAAUUGGAACCUAUCAUGACUGGUGUGAGUCGUUUUCAACAUAUCCUCGAACAUAUGACCUCCUUCAUUUAGAUGGGCUAUUUACUGCUGAAAGUCACCGGUGUGAAGUGAAAUAUGUGAUCCUUGAGAUGGAUCGUAUUCUGCGUCCAAAUGGGUAUGUUAUAAUCCACGAACCAACCCACUUUGUAGAUGUUGUCUCAACCAUCGCCAAAGGGACGCGAUGGGAUUGUGAAAAACAUGACACAGCAUACAACACAUCGAAAGAGAAGCUGCUGAUAUGUCAGAAAAAACUAUGGCAUGCAAAGGGAAGUCAGCUUUGAGCCACUAGUGAAGAAAGGUGAUCAUAUUCUACUGCAGAAAAAUAUAUAGUGGGAGUGCAGGUUUUUUUGUCAAAAGGCUCGUCGUAUUUGAUAUUUGGUUUUAAGUAUCCAUAGAAGAAUAAUAGAAAUAAGUUGUUGAACAUCUGAUAAAAAGGGGACCACAUAUUCUUUUUACAAGGGUUUUAAUUUGGUUUUCGAGAGAUUUGAAAAAGAGCAUUUAUGUUGUGCAUAUCUGAUAAAAGCCGUUGAUUUGGAAUGGGAUAGGAAGAAACGCUACUAUAAAAGGCGUAUUUUAGUUACAGUUUACAAUAUUAAGGUGUAUGUGGACUUGCUAGAGUGGCAAUUUGUUUUAAAAUUGUAUGUUGUGGUUGUUACUGAAA